AUAUUUUAUCGCUAAAAAGCCAAUCAGAUCCUCUCUCUCUCACCUACUUUCCUCUCACUUCAGCUCCGUUACAGUCCAUGACCGAACCUCACUCACCACAUCAAUGGCUUUAUCUCUUCAACUUCCGCCGGCACUACCUAACCACCACCUCCUCUUCUCUUACUCUACACUCCCAUCCUCCUCACCUCCUCCUCUCUCUCUCAUCCACAAGAAAAAAUUAUGUCCACUGCUUCCCAUCGCCGUGAGAUCAUCUUCCAGAGUCAAAUGUUUGACCAAAUCAACGGAGGAGGAUCGAAGCGAACAAGAAAGCAGCUUAGUCUCUGACUCUGAUGUCGGAGAAGAAGCAGAAAUCAGAGAAGACACUAAAGUCCAGCUCCAACAGAACAAGAGGAUUCCAACAACAUCGUCGUUUGGUGAUUCUCUCUCCCUUGGGAUUCGUGAGCAUGUUUAUGAGGUUGUAGAAGUUAAGCCAAAUGGAAUGGUAUCCACUCGGAAAAUAAACAGGCGUCAGUUACUCAAGUCUAGCGGUCUGCGACCAAGAGAUAUUCGCAGUGUUGAUCCAUCAUUAUUUUUGACAAACUCAAUGCCCUCUUUGCUGGUUCGUGAGCACGCUAUCUUACUCAAUCUGGGCUCAUUGCGAGCGAUAGCAAUGCAAGAAUGUGUUCUUAUAUUUGACUAUAAUCGGAGAGGAGGAAAAGCUUUUAUAGAUACCCUGUUGCCUCGGUUGAACCCCAGAAACUCGAAUGGAGGGCCAUGCAUGCCGUUUGAGCUUGAGGUCAGUGAGGUUGUUGAAGCAGCAUUGCUAUCACGAGUACAACGUUUGGAGCAGAGACUGAUGAAUAUAGAACCUCGUGUUCAAGCUUUACUCAAGGUUUUGCCCAACCGGUUAACUGCAGAUAUACUGGAGGAACUUCGUAUUAGCAAGCAAGCCUUGGUUGAAUUGGGUUCAAGGGCAGGGGCUCUUCGUCAAAUGCUGCUUGAUCUUUUGGAGGACGAACAUGAAAUACGCAGGAUAUGUAUAAUGGGAAAAAACUGCAAACUCAAAGGAAAUGACGUUGUGGAAUGCUCUGUUCCCUUAGAAAAGCAAAUUGCUGAAGAAGAGGAGGAAGAAAUUGAGAUGCUUUUGGAAAAUUACCUUCAGAGAUCUGAAUCUUGUCAUGGUCAGGCAGAAAGACUUCUUGAUUCUGCAAAAGAAAUGGAAGAUUCCAUUGCUGUUAACUUAAGCUCGCGGAGGCUUGAGGUGAGCAGAGUGGAAUUACUUCUCCAGGUUGGGACAUUUUGUGUGGCUGUGGGUGCUCUAGUUGCAGGUAUAUUUGGCAUGAAUUUGAAGUCCUAUCUUGAAGAGCAUGUGUUUGCUUUUUGGUUAACAACAGCUGGGAUAAUUUUUGGUGCUGUUGUGGCAUUUUUUCUCACGUAUUCAUAUCUUAGAACUAGGAAGAUACUGUAAUCUGGGCAAUUAUUCAAUAUAGGCGAUCUCAAAACUGAAGCAGCUCUCAUGGCCAGUUGAUUCGAGUCACCUAGACAAGGACCAGUCGAAGAUGUUUCUAGAGCGCAUAAUAGUCUGAUUUGAUUGCUGUAUGUAGGUAGUUACAUUAACAUUAUUUGCGGCCAGACAGUACGCAACUACAGCUGUUGAAACCAAGAAGUGAAGUUUCAUGGAACUUCAAUAUCCAAUGCUUCAAUGUUUACAAGAGAAACGGAGCAAGGUUCUGCGAAUUCCUGGAAAGAAGGAAGUGCUUAUUCUUCGAACAAGUGGGGAGAAAUUGUUCCUUAGUAAUUAGAUGUAUUUUGCUCUUGCAAACUGGAGUACCAUAGCCAUUCUGAAAAUUUUGUUGUUAGGCUGUGAUUCCCAGCAGAAGUAAAUCUCUGUUUCCAGUUACGUCUAAUGGCAUCUCAGAAUUUCAUAUUCA